AUGUUUAUGGUAGACCCGUCGCCAGUGCACCGCUUCAAAUGGUACUGUCGCAAUGAAGGAUCAUCUGUGGACCCAGACUGCACGAAAUUCACCGACGACACUCAUUUGCACAUCAAUUUAGUUCUAACCGGAGACUCACUUGAACCCCUCGUCUAUUAUGAUGUUCUUCAACUGAGUUUGUUGCACACACGUUCCUCUGUGAUUCAGUUGGCACAAUAUUUAAGAUAUAGCAGCAUAUUUUCAUCCAAGUAA